AUGUGCCGUGCGCUGUUGAUGCUGCUGCUGGCGCUGGUGGGCGCCAGCCAUGCGGCCACACAUGUCAACAUUUCUAUAGCCCAACAGCCGGCCACAAAUCCGGCGGAUGUUAGCUUCAUUGAUGGACAUGCGCCAGUGGAACUAAAGGCAGGUCCCUAUCGGCCGGAGGAGGACGAGCAGCAGGAGCAACGUUUUCAGCGGCUGCAGGAGCGACCGCAGCAGCAGCAGAUGCAGAUGCAGGCACAGCAGCAACAGUCGAUGCAAUCCCAGCAGCAGCAACAGAUGCAGCAAUCCCAGCAACAAUCGCAGCUGACGCCGCGCCAGGGAUUGGGCUUACAGCCGGCACAAGCUGCUCCCGCUCCUGCCAAUGGUCGCAUGGCACGUCGACGCAUGCACGCACGUCGCCCCUCGAUGCAUCAGCAGCCCCCGCACAGCGGUCAGUUCCGUCAGCGCAACCAACAGCUGCGCCAGAAUCAGGAAUUCGAGCGUUACAUUCAAUCGUAUCACAGUCAUGGACCCUCCGUGGAGACCGUCUACGAAUCCUCCAGUCCGUCGCCCCAGCGCUACACCCAGUCCAGCAGCAGCAGCUCCAGCUCCAGCUCCAGUUCCUUCGCUGCCGACGACGACGCUGUGUCCAUUGGCGGCGCAAAGUCGCAGCAGCUGCGCAUGUUUGAGCGCCAGGUAGCCGCCCCGGUUGCAUCGCAGGGCCAGAGCGCCAAUGUGGAGCAGGCACAGGACAGCAAACCCAUCUAUGAGUCGCCGCAGCCGGCGCCUGUGCAAGCUGCAGUCAUUGCGCCCGCAGCCAGCUCCAGCUCCGGCGCCAGCUCCAGUUCCAGCUCGGCUUCUGCUCCAGCGCCCGCAUCAAUGCCCAACGAUGCCAAGCAGGGUUUUGACUCAUCCUACGAGCCCGCAUAUGAAGCCGGAAACAGCUACAAUCGCCCCAGCUACGACCAGAGCGGCUACAGCGGCUAUGAGGAUGUGCAGGAUGACUACCAGGAUCAGUAUCCGCCAGCUGUGGACGCCAGCUACGAUGACUACGCCGAGCAGGCGGGCUACUUGCCUCCACAGCGUGGCUAUGCGGCACCGCCACGCCCACUCGUCACAAAGACCAUACAGAUUGUGCAGCCGGCGCUGAAGGCUAAGAAAUACGAGGUGCGUCAUCCGGCCAUACAGAAGGAGUUCUAUGACAUCGAAGAGCGCGUCGUUAUCAAGCCGGCGGGCACAUUGGUCGUGGAGCUGGAUCAUCCUGUGGCCAAGAUACCCAAGGGUGAGACACUGCUGCCACUGGGUCAUCCCCACCCCGCCGUGGCCUCCGCCUACGACAAUCACAAUGGACAGGUGCAGGCGCACAGCUACAACAAUGGCAACGAGUACAGGUCGCCGGCGCCAGCCAAGGAGCAGGCACAGGUGACCACCAUUGGCUCCAGUGUGACCACCAUGCCCGCCUACGAUCAGGCGCCCAAGGAUGAGUAUGUGGAGGCGCAGCUGCAGCAGCAGCCACAAGGCAGCGAUGCCACCGAUGGCAAACGCCAGCCCAGCUUCAGCUCUAGCUCCAGCUCCAAUCCCAGCUCCAGCUCCAGCUCCAGUGUGAUUGCCACCGAUGGCAACGGCAACCAGUUCCAGAUCAACAAGAAGCAUCUGACACCCAAGAUGCUCACACGCCCGGAGCCCGAGCAGCCGGACUACGACUACGUCCGCAGCGAGGCCAGCUAUCCGCCUCAGCGCAGCUAUCAGCGCACCAAUAGCUACAAUCGCCAGCCGUACCAGAGUGCCAACAAUGAGGAUUACUUCAGCGGCGAGUUUCUGCCCAAUGCCAAUGCAGGCAAUGUCGAGACGCAACCAGCACGUCUCGAGGAGGCGCCGCGCCCGCAGAUAAUCAAGCACGAGCACAAGAUUCAUUUGCCGCCAUCGCAGCACAACAUUUAUCUGGGCCGCAGUCGCCAGCCGCCGCCCAAGGAGCGUCGCAUCACGGAGCUGCCGGUUUCCAGCCAGGGUCAGGAGCUGCCCGCCCAUGUGGCCGAGCUGAAGCCCUAUUUGCGCAGCCACUCGGGUCCCACGGUGGUUUAUGCCAAGUCUGCGGUGCGAACUGCUGCUCCACGCAGCUACUAUCCGCAAGCAGCCCGCCAGCGUAGUCCGCUGGCCGAGGAGCUGGAAUAUAGUGCUCCAUAUUCGCGCAUGCGUUACGAUCCGGAACAGGAAUCUGGUCGUUUGAUGGAGGCGCCCAAGCAGCAGCAGUCAAAGGAAGCAGCCAAGGCACAAAUUCAUUUGCAAAUACCGCAUCACGAUGAUCGGGAUCAGUCCAUUGUGGCCACGGCGACGAUUACGCCCCUGAAGCCCGACUGCGAUCAAACGCGUGAGGAGCAGGCGGAGGUGCAGCGGGAGAAAUCCGCCCGCUUGCGUCAGCCUCAGCAACAGUUCCAGCGUCUGGUUGAGGCGCCCGCCGCCGUUGUGCCCACCACACAGGCUACACCCACGCCUGCCCAGCCCCAGCUGGAUGUGGACGUGUCGCUCAACGGCGCCGCCGGCCAUCUCAAUCGUCACCUGCAGCCCAACGAGCGCGUCAUCUCGGCCACAGCCGCGCCCACCGAUGCCGCUGCGACCAGCGAGACCUUCCACAAGCGCCGCAUUGUGGUCAAUCAUCCGUUCCAGACGGUGCGCGAGGUGGUCGAGCACGAGCCCAUCACCAACUACCAUCAGAUCCAGGUGAAUGAGCCCGCCUCACCAGCUCUGUACCAUCAGGCCGCCUACUACCAGCAGCCGCAGCUGCAGACGCACGGAAAUCUGGUGCAAUAUCAGACCACGUCGACGCAUGGUCAACUCUAUGGUUAAACCAGGAUCUAAACGGAACGACACGGACUUGACUCGGAUUUGUAUAGUCGACUAC